AUUGUAUCAGUAGAUACACAAAUUGAGUGGAUAUAAAAGGAAACGCAAUUGAACUUUCAUCAGUUUCAUCAAAAUGGAUAAACGAAGCACACAGUUAGCGAUCUUUUUGACGUUCAUCUUCUGUUGUAAAGUGGCGUCUAGUCAAUUAUUGACUCUUAACGGGAACAGAGUUGUCAUAUCUCUGAAUGAUACAAUUAGAUGCAAUGCUGAACUUGAAUGUACCAAUUGCAACACAGGGAGAGUAUGCGUACAAAAAGACGGUAAAUUGAUACAAUUCGGUCGUAUAAUGUGCAAUGACAAUACAGAUACACCUUUCUGCAACAAUGGUACAUGUUCAAAGACUCCUGAAACUACUUGCAAACCUCCAUCGUUUGCCUGUACGGCCGACGGCAUGUAUCCUGACCUGACAGAUUGCACGCGUUACUAUAUAUGUGCAAAUGACGUCGUAAGGACCAAUCAAUGUCCGCGAAAUAACGUCUAUGAUCAUGUGAAUGGCACCUGUAAAUAUAGGCGUAGCACUAGCGAUUGCGUAACCGUAAGCUGCACCAUAAAUCAGGAAGGUAACAAGUUCGUGUAUCCGCUAGACAAUCGCAUUUAUGGAAUAUGUCUGCUCGGCAAGCCAUACAUUCUUAACCGAUGCAAGGAUUACGAGAAAUAUGACCUCACUCAGGGAAAAUGUGUAAGAUACUGUAAGACGCGCGACAAUCAACCGCCUGACGAUCUUACAAACCCCAAAUCCUGUGGAAAGUACUUCUUUUGCGCCGAAGAGUUACUCAACCAGUACGUGCCGCAGGAGAUGUCCUGCGCCGCUAAUGAAGGAUACGAUCCAAAGAUAAAUGGCUGUUCGAAAAACGCACCUUGCCUGUUUCGAACAACAACAACAACAUUAAAUACACCUAUACCAACUACACCAACAACAACACCUAGACCAACUACACAAUCAACUACACCACCAAUUACAACAACACCAAGAAGAAAAUAAACAAUAAAAUAAAUAAUCUGCUAGCAUUUCCAUUGAUCAUUAAUAGUUCUGGAAAUUUCAAUAGCAAUAAUAACGCUGCAAAUGACAAUGACGAUGUAAAUGAUAAUAAACGGAAACGGCAACGAAAAUAAUUCAAUCUCGAAGAAAGCAUUUAGCAACAUUGAUUAACAAUAAACACUGAAAGCAAAUGUAUUUGUGAAAUAAAAUUCUGGUUUUUUUAUUACUUUAAUACUAUUACUUUAAUAUUAUUGUUAUUUUAUUUUUACUUGAUGUGUAAAAAAUACGCGAGACAUGUCGAUGAUUUUAUCGUACAUAAUUAUAUAAUUAUUAUAUUGCAUAUAAUAUAUUAUUAACUCAA